GGAAAAGUCGCUGAUUCACUUCCGGAGCAGCAAUGUCACUGUAAUUGUAGCUGCAUGUUUUUAGCCAGCAAUGUAGUUGUUGUUUGUUUUAUUAUUUUUAAGUACGUAUCACCAGCAACCUUCUACUUUAUUGUUUCACACACACAAACGUCAGUUUAUCGAAGUAUGCGCUCACUUUUAUUGUCUUUUUCGUCCCCGUUGUCUUAAAUUUUAAAGUAAGCUGUUAAACUGAGCUAGCCUGUUAGCUCAGAGCCGAGAGUAAAACAGGUGUGUGAGAUUGUAGUGUUACUCUCUCUGCUAACACAGUUUGGAUGUUGACCACUUGUCGGGAUUAGCAGUACUGGGAUUAUUUAUGGCAGCCCAGAAACCUUUCACAGACUCGGACACUGCGGAUGAAGCAGUGAGAGCGACGUGUGACGAUGCAACCAUAUGUAAAAGGUUUGCGACCAGUAAAGGUUACUGGAAGGACCCGUAUAUCCAAUACUUUGUGAGAUCGGUCGGAGAGAGGAAGGCUCCAGAAAUCAACAGAGGUUACUACGCCCGCGUUCAAGGGGUGAACCAGCUUCUUGAUGCGUUUAUAAGGAAAACAGAGUGCGACUGUCAAGUCAUCAACCUGGGAGCUGGACUGGACACCACGUUUUGGAGGCUAAAGGAUGAAAACCUGCUGCCGCGGAAGUUCUUUGAGGUGGAUUUUCCCACGAUCGUGGCCAGGAAAAUACACAAUAUAAAGACGAAGCCUCCACUGUCCAAACCCAUCAUUGAAACCCACUCGACCGACUCGUUACUGCUCGAUUCUCACAGCCUGGACUCAGACCGUUACUGCAUCAUCGGCGCAGACCUCAGAAACAUCGCUAACAUGGAGGAGAGACUGAAGAAGUUCCAGCUCAACACAGAAUUACCGACGUUGCUCCUGUCAGAGUGUGUGCUCGUCUACAUUACGCCGUCACAGUCCUCUAACCUGGUCCACUGGGCGGCAGAGACGUUCCACACCGCCAUGUUCAUCAACUAUGAACAGGUGAACAUGAGCGAUCGAUUUGGUCAGGUGAUGAUCGAGAACCUGCAGCGACGCCAGUGCACGCUGGCGGGAGUAGAGGUCUGCCAGUCCCUGGACUCUCAGAAGGAGCGUUUUCUCAAGACGGGCUGGGAACACGCCGACGCUCUGGACAUGAUGACCGUCUACAGUAUGCUCCCUCAGGAGGACGUGGCAAGAAUCGAGCGGCUGGAGUUUCUGGACGAGAGGGAGCUGCUGCAACAACUUCUUCAACACUACAGCAUCUGCUGGGCCACCAAGGACAAGCUCAACCUGGGUCUGUCACAUUUGACCUUCUGAGUGUGAAACGGCUCCAUUGUUUGGAAACGUUGUCCACGCGUGCGUUUGCCAAAGGCAACAACAGGAGAAGACGUGCUAGAGAGGAAACCCGCACGCAUCCUUACUCCAGUGGGAAGUGGAAGUGUUUUUUUUCCCCGACGUCAGCAGAAUGUGACGAUAGAGAACUGUGAAGAACUGCUUGUCACUAAACUGACACUGAAAGACGAGCAUGUUUUCUUCAUUAAUUAUUGUUAACUGGCAAAAAAAAGGCAAGAACUUCACUUCAAAAUCUGCUCCCUUUUGCUGGAAAUGAAAGAAUGUAACAUUUAUUGUGUCCUCAUCUGGAUUUACUGUAUGUGCCAUUUUAGUUGUAUUUAUUAUCAUGGAUUAAUUCUACCAUACAAAGAUAAAUGCAUGCGCUGGGCAAGAAAUACUUAAAUCAUCAUGUACGUAACUCCCAGUUCUAUCUUUUCUAUUCUUGCUGCAGUUUGUAAACGGUGAAAGUAAAUCAUGACAGAUUACAGAUUAUUAUAGAUUAUGUUUGAUGAAUGCUCUUCAAGCGCAGAUCAAUAAAAUUUCCUUUUGUGUAACA